UUACAAUACUUCAUUUUCAAGUUUAACAAAGAACUAAUAAAAGAAAACAAUUCAUAUUCGUACCAUUUAAGCAACGAAAAAUGUUAGAACCAUGGAAUAAUAAAAAUCUUUUACCGCCACCAGUUCAAACGUGUUAUUCUGACGAGAAAAUUGAUUGGAGAUAUUUAAAGCAAGCAUGCACAAAUGCAGUGAACAUUUUGUCUAAGCAAUCUCCAUUGCAUAAUGAAAGUGCUUUACUUUCAAGGUUUAUUUAUAAAUACGAUAAAAAGUUUCGUAAUGAUAUUGGGUAUCGUAUAUUUAAAAAAAUAAAUACAACUCUUCGGAGAUAUUUAAUGUUAAAUAUUAUAAAAGACAUUGAAAACUUUGCAUUAACAUUGCCCAAUGAUACUGAAAGCGAUGAGUAUUUGCCAACCCGGCAGAUGUUACAGUAUGUUUUGGUGAGACUUGUGUCAUUCUCCAAACUUAUGUUGAGGAUUUCAGUUUGUUGCAAAAAAGCAGCUGUUUUCUAUUUAGAUAGAGUAAAAAGAGGCGAAAGUCACUGGAUGUCUCUGAUGCCAUAUGCAUUACUGUGUCGAAUAUGGUCACUAAGUAAUGUUUUACUGCAGCAUUCUUGCAGUUGGUAUGCACAAAUGUAUCCAUUUUUACGAAAUCUUCAAUUAAAAGGUUUACCAUUUUUACCAAAUGGUUAUGAACUUCCGGUAAAUUUAGCAGAUUGGCUAGAUUUAAAAAAUCUUGAAAACCUCGGCCGCUUUCAAUGGGCUCACAAAGAAAUUAUCAAAGUUGAUAAAAUUUUAGUUGAAGAUUCUGAAAGUAAUACAGUGGACAGUUUAAUGAUGUACAUAAAUGAAAUAAAUAAAGACAAUGAACAAAUAGAAAUGAAAUUGCUGCCUUCUGAACCCUUUUUAGAAACAAAUAUACAAACUAUUGAGAAAUAUGUGGACGAAGGUGAGGUUAUAUCAAGAGAACACUUUAAAGGUGUAGACAAUGGUGAAGCCAUAACUAGAGAACAUUUUAAAAGUUUCUUUGAACAGCCUAAAAAAGAAGCUAAAGCAAAAAAAGGUGCUUAUUAUCAUUCAUUGGACAGGGUAACCAAUACUAAAACUUUAGCUGAGUUUGUAAAUAAAGAAGAAACAUAUAGAUAUGAACAGAACAUAAUGUCAUUAACCAAUCAUUUAACAUUCAUGCAAUGGCAAGCUUUAAAAACAACAUUACUAAGGCUCUGUGGAGAUAAUCUUAGUAAUAACAGAAAGAUUCAAAGGAAAUUCUUACAAAUAUGGAAAAAGAAAUGUGUAGAAAUCAGUUAAAACUAAAAGUGAAUAAUUGUAUGGAUUAUAUCACAAUAAAUUUUAUUUUUGACAGCUCUAUCUUCAAUUUAUAAUGUUAGUUAUAAUAUGCUGGUUUUAUUUCACC